UUUAGACUGAACAGCCGCUGCUACCUGCGGUUUCAUCGGACUGAUCAGGGAGAAAAGUAUUAUUUUUUUUUUUUUAAAAAAAAAGUUUGAAGAUUUUCCAACUCUUUUUCCGUCGCGAGAAAAUAUUUUCCCAGGGCUCAUGUCGUCCUCUUUCGUAACCCAACCCCACGAAGAGAAAAAAGUAAUAGAAUUUAAUACUAGUAGAAAUUAUUAAGAAAAAGGCGCAGAAUAACAGUCUACUGGCCUACGUAUCAUUGCCCAAUUUUCCUCUUCAAAACGGCAUUUCUCUCUCUCUCACUCUCUCUUUUUCUCUCCCACUCUCGCAGUUUGGCUUUUCAAGUUUGUGAAAUGGAGAAGAGGCAGGGGUUCUUUUCGGCGCUAAAGGAGGAGGUGGUCAGAGGGUUGUCUCCAGGGAGGUCGAGGGCGAAGAAUCCAGCGAGCAGUGGGUCGCCCAUGUCGAGCUUCGUACGGCGGAGGAGGAAGGACCGCCACGCGUCGGUGGCAGAGCACUUGAUCGCAAGAUCCGGGACCUUGAGGCCGGUGGAGGCAUUGUCGCCGUUGAAGGAGGGGCCGGACGGGACGGACGGUGAGGAUUCGAGGAUGGAGGGGAGGUGGGGACAGUGGAUGAAGAAGAGCCAGCUCUCGAGGGCACCAUCUGUCUCGUGCCCCGCCUUCAAACGCUCGGAUCUGAGGCUGCUACUUGGUGUCUUGGGUGCGCCGCUCGCCCCCGUGCAUGUUAGCAUUGCCGACUCUUUUCCUCACCUUAGCAUCAAAGACACCCCUAUCGAAAGUUCAUCAGCUCAAUACAUAUUGCAGCAGUAUACAGCGGCUUCUGGAGGCCAAAAUCUUCAAAACACCAUUCACAGUGCUUAUGCUAUGGGAAAGGUGAGGAUGAUAGCUUCCGAGUUUGAGACAGCUAACAGGGUCAUAAGGAGCCGGAAUUCAUCCAAAGCUGCAGAGUCAGGUGGGUUUGUUCUGUGGCAGAUGAAUCCAGACAUGUGGUAUGUAGAGCUUGCUCUUGGUGGCAGCAAGGUUCAUGCCGGCUGCAAUGGGAAGCUUGUCUGGAGGCACACACCGUGGCUUGGUGCACAUGCUGCUAAAGGGCCUGUUAGACCGUUGCGCAGAGCGCUUCAGGGACUUGACCCCAGAACCACUGCAACUAUGUUUACCAACGCAAGAUGCAUUGGAGAGAAGAAAAUUAAUGGGGAGGAAUGUUUCAUCCUCAAACUCUGUGCAGAUCCCGUGACGUUGAAAGCCAGGAGUGACGGGCCGGCAGAGAUCAUAAGGCAUGUCCUGUUUGGCUAUUUCAGCCAGAAAACAGGGCUUCUUGUGCACUUGGAAGAUUCCCAUUUGACCCGCAUUCAGAAUAAUGGAGGCGACGCUGUGUAUUGGGAGACCACAAUCAAUUCAUUCCUUGAUGAUUACAGGCCUGUGGAGGGAGUCAUGAUUGCUCACUCUGGGCGUUCAGCUGUAACCCUUUUUAGGUUUGGAGAAACAGCAAUGAGCCACUCGAAAACUCGGAUGGAAGAAGCAUGGACAAUCGAGGAAGUGGCUUUCAAUGUUCCGGGACUUUCAAUAGACUGUUUCAUUCCUCCUGCCGAAGUAAGAUUUGCAUCUGUGAGUGAAGCCUGCGAGCUUCCUCGGGGUCAGACACUAAACACGGCUGUGGCACCAGCACAUCGUGCAAAAGUUGCAGCGCUUCAGAUUUCUCCCGACAACAAUGUUAAAAACAGCAUUUGGAAAACAGAUGUUUAGGAACAGGUAAGGUUUGCUGGCAAAUGUCGCAUAGCUAGCUCGGUGUUUAGUUCGAACUGAAGAACUGAUUAGAUGAUAGUUUGGUAAGGUCCUCAUUUGUUUGAGCAUUCUUGGUGUCGGCAUGGGAACAGUGCCUUUGCAAAUUUGUAAAUACAGCACGAUCAUUCGAGCACUCUCCGUUUCCCGAGUGAUUUUUUAAUCUGGUAGUGGAGAAUCAGAUUGUGGAGGUGGGAUUUGGUUUUUGUGAUAUUCUCAGAUUGCAAUCUAACGGUGAUAACUAAGAUCAAUUAGUUUGCCUGUAAUAUCUCAUUCGUGAAGAUAUGUAACAUCAUACAAUAUACAUAGUCGUGUGAUGAGAGUUUCAAUCCAAGUAAUGGCUUUCUGAA